GAAAACAUUUCAAUCAUUUUCUUGUCUCCCGAACACGUUUGAGGGAGAAAGAAAGAAGGUUCACGGGAGUGUGCAAUAGUUUAGGGCAAAAAAAUCCAAUUACACAACAAAACCAAUAAUUCAAUUUUGAUAUAAAAAUUCAAACUUUUGAAGAUUUUUGGAAUCUCACAACUGUCACCACUGUUUAUCCAUUUGCCCCAGCUAGAUCUGAUCCACAAUUCAUUCUACUUUUUCCUACCUCAAAAGGGUUUCUCAUUCUUCAAAUCGUUUUUCAUCAUCUGGGGGUUUUGAAGGAACUUGUUGAAGUUGAGAUCUUUAGCUGUAAUGCAGCUUUGACUUGCUGCUUUUGAUUUUUUGGGUUGGGUUGGGUUGUUUUAGCAUAAAAUUGAGGUGUUUCCACUUUUUCAAACUUACAUAAUGGUUUUCUGGGAAGGAUAUGUGAGUGAUGAAGUGAUGGGGACUUUUGCUCCUAUUGUGGUUUAUUGGAUAUAUGCUGGAUUUUAUCACUUGCUUCCUUCUUUAGAUAAUUACCGGCUGCAUACUACGAGAGAUGAAGAAAAGAAGAAUUUGGUACCCUUUAAAGCAGUUGUGAAAGGUGUUUUGCUUCAGCAGCUUGUUCAGGCAAUUGUUGCACUCAUCUUGUUGACGACGACAUCAAAUGCAUCAGGGGUUACUGUGCAGCCUUCUAUCACUAAGCAAAUUAUUCAGAUCAUUAUUGCAAUGUUUGUGAUGGAUACAUGGCAGUACUUUGUGCAUCGGUACAUGCAUCAGAACAAGUUUUUAUACCGCCAUAUCCACUCCCAGCAUCAUAGACUGGUUGUUCCUUAUGCAAUAGGAGCCCUUUACAAUCAUCCUAUUGAGGGUCUUCUACUCGACACUGUUGGUGGAGCCCUCUCGUUUCUUGUCUCAGGGAUGACUGCGAGAACAGCCGUUAUAUUCUUCUGCUUUGCUGUUGUGAAAACUGUCGACGACCAUUGUGGACUGUGGUUACCCGGCAAUAUCUUCCAUCUAUUUUUCCAGAAUAACACUGCUUAUCAUGACAUUCAUCAUCAACUACAAGGGCUGAAAUACAAUUAUUCUCAGCCAUUCUUCCCCAUAUGGGAUAAAAUUCUUGGGACAUACAUGCCUUUCAAUCUUGUAAAGCGAGCCGAAGGGGGUUUUGAGGCAAGGCCUGCAAAGGAUUAGUUAAAUGUAGUUGUUAUGGUACAAUUUUUCCAUGGAAUCAGAGGCUUAACUGCGACAUUUUUCGAGUUGAUUGGAGCUUGUAGGGGUUUUAUUGGUGGCUUGGCAAUGUUUUCAGAUCAUCUGGUUACAGUAGGUUUUGCCAACCCACCUUGUGUAGCAUAUCACUGAUUUGGUGUGGUUAAAUGAGAUUUUUCUUAUUAUGAUGUACUUACAAGAACACUUUUUAAGGUGUAAGUUUUUUUUUGACAAGUUUUUUUUUUUAAGGUGUAAGUUAUCAAGUUUUUUAGCUGCCAUAUUUGUUAUUUC